AUGGCACAAAGUGUUAAGGAGGCCGCUGAGGAGACGGGCAGAACGACGGACAGGAUGCCUCUGAACGCAGGAGACACCGGGUACGGCAGCGUGCCAGGCCCCGGGCUGUCGGGCAGUGUGGGCGGCUCAGAGACGGCGCCGCUGCUCAUCCCGGAGCCUGAACCGGAACCGGUUCAGCAGUGGCAGCCGUUGACUAAGGAGCAGCUGGAAGUCGUGGCGGGGGGUCCGGGCUGGAGGAGAGUGCGUUGUUACAUGGUCUUGCUGUUCUGGCUGGCUUGGGUGGCCAUGCUCGCCACCUCCAUCGCCAUCAUUGCGAUAAGCCCCCGGCCGGUCGUAACCCCGCUCAAGUGGUGGCAGAAGUCGCUGUUCUACCAGCUUCAGCCAGACCUGUUCAUGGAGGCGGAGGGGUCAGGGGGCAUAAAUGUGCUGUGUGAGCAGCUUCCCUACCUCAGGUCCCUGGGUAUAGGGGCUCUGAUCCUGGAGGGUCUGUUUGUUAAAGACGUGUCUCCUUCAAACCUCACUGCGACUGGUGAAAGCUUGGGGACGUUGCCUCAGAUCCAACAUCUGCUCACAGAGAGCAACAAAGCAGGUCUCAAAGUGGUGUUGGACUUCUGUGAAGUGGAUCUAGACGUAGCAGGAAACGAGCCAUCAUCAGCCACACUGCAGCAUACCUUGCGGUUCUGGUUGGAGCAGGGUGUGGCGGGUUUUGCAAUCUGUGAUACAGAUGCAGCAUAUUCAGAAAAGACUCUGCUGGAGUGGAGAGACGUCUUCAGGGAAUUCAGCAGUCAGGAGGAGGAAAGGAUUGUGGUGGUGAAACAAACGCAAGAAGUCCCACGUCCUCUGAACAACUCCAGCCAGAUUAACAAGACACUGGUGGAUGUGGUCAUGAGGUCAAUUCUGCCAUCUUCGCAUCACCUCCUGUCUGCCCAGGAAGUUGCAGAUGCUAUAGAGACACACUUGCAGACAAGAGAAGAUGAGAUAUGGCCCAGUUGGACAGUUGGAGGCAAAGCGUCUCCUGACUUGAAGAAAUUACUCCUGGUGUUGAUGAUGACUCUGCCAGGAUCACCUGCAGUCCAGCAUGAUGAGGACUUCGACCAAACACAGAAGGUGAAGCGUUCAACUGUAGCUCUCUUCACCUCCCUCAGUCACUCCAGAGCCAGAGAAGAAGCUCUUCUGUACGGCAGCUUCACCUUCCUCCCCUUCAACACCUCAGCCAACUCCUCCUCUUCUUCCAUCUCCAACUCCACUCUUGCUUCUCCUGCACCUCCCACGAUCCUGGCCUUCCUGCGCUCCUGGGGUUGUGUCCACUUCCUUGUUCUGCUCAAUGUUGGGCCUGAACUUCACACUCUGGAUCCUGCCUGGGCCCCGAGCCUGCCCGAGGCUGGAGUGUUUGUGGCCAGCACAGGAAUGGAUCGCCUCGGUUCGACAUCUCUGUACACACUGGAACUGCGGCCCCACGAAGCCAUCGUCAUCAAACUGUUUGAGGCAGGAAGCUACUCGUAGAGCUUCUCUGUUGUCAGUUGUGUGGAGAUUUAGG